CCGGAUGCAAUAAUUUGCCCCCGCACUGCCCACAGCCACGCUUCUUGGAUCCUCCUCCGCCGAGGCCUAAGCGGAGCAAGUCUUUCCCCUUCAAGGGGUUAUACGCUUCUUCAAGGGGCCAUACGUUUCCUCGGGCAUUUAGUCGAGGAAGCGCAUUUACAGGCCUCCGAACAUGACCGAGGAGAACAGACUUUCGAACCCUAAGAAAUCGUAUCCCUUCUUUGCUAUUUCGAAUACUGACCAGCUCGGGCCAAGUUUUGGCUUCUUCGGGGCACCCCAGAAACCGCCUCCGCCUCUACCUUCAUGUGUCGAAGUUUCUCUCUUUGAGCCGGAAUAUGCCAUUAAAUCACAUACAGAGUCCAUUGUUGUCUGUGAUGGGGAUCGUAAGGUUACCCUUCUUAAGGGAAGAGUUAGUACUUCUGAUGUGUUUGGGGUUUCGAACUCUGAUCUAGUACCAGGGAAGUACGAAGGAGGUUUGAAGCUGUGGGAAGGUUCAAUUGAUUUGGUGAGGACUCUGCACGCUGAGAUUGAAGAAGGGAGAUUAACUGUUGAAGGCAAAAGGGUAUUAGAGCUUGGAUGUGGUCAUGGGCUUCCUGGCAUCUUUACUGCACUUAAGGGUGCAUCUACCAUCCAUUUUCAAGACUUCAAUGCUGAAGUUCUCCGGUUUCUUACUGUUCCAAAUGCAAAAGCCAAUCUUAUUAAAAACUCAUCUCAAUGCCAGACUUCUGGAAACAAGGCAGAAGUAAAUAUGUUAUCUACUGUUCGCUUCUUUGCUGGUGACUGGAGUGAGGUUCACGAUUUGCUCCUUCAUGGAAGCAAUGAUGGCCACCAAAAUGAGGAAGACUAUUGCACUAGGGAUGUUGCAUAUGAUGGUUAUGAUAUUAUUUUGAUGGCAGAAACUAUAUAUGAACCGUCUUCCCUUCAACACCUGUAUGAACUAAUCAAGAAGUGCCUGUGCCGCCCGAAGGGAAUUGUUUAUAUGGCUGGAAAAAAGCAUUACUUUGGCGUAGGUGGAGGAACAAGGCAGUUUAUAGACUUGGCUGAAGUAAAUGGCCAAAUGAAAACAUUAUUGCUUGCUGAGGUUGCUGAUGGUUCUUCAAAUGUUCGUGAAGUGUGGAAGCUUUCAAACGAAUAGAACACAUACUCAGGAAGUCUUCUCAUUUUACUUUUACCUUCUUUCCAACGCUGUUCUUAAUCUGAUAAUGUUUAAGCAGUCUUACUUCUGUGAUGAAAAUUGAAUGGCCCGAUCUGUUUAAACAGUUUAAUUAUCUACAUUUUUUACACCCUCUGUUGGUUAAUGCAUGCAAUUACAAAAUUCGGUUAUGUCA